GACUGUACCAACCGCUGCUGUAACGCCAGCUCGUGCAAGCUGUACCCGCGGGCCCAGUGUGCCACCGGACGAUGCUGUGACCUGAACCAGUGCAAGAAAUGUAACAGCCGAGGCAACUGUCAUUGUGACAUCGGCUACCGCCCCCCUCUCUGCGACCGGCCGGGGUUCGGGGGGAGUCUGGACAGUGGCCCGGCCACUAACGAGUAUGAUCACCGGCCCACUCGCCGACCCCCUUACAGGCCCACUCGCCGACCCACUCGGCCCACCGUGCGCCCCACUCGCCGGCCCACUUACAGGCCCACUCGCCGGCCCACGCGGCCCACCGUACGCCCCACCCACCGACCCACUUACAGGCCCACUCGUCGGCCCGUUGUACGGCCCACGUGGCCCUCUUGGCCCACUCAGCGACCCACAUGGCCCACCCCCAGACGACCGGUCAGCGGGAGAGGAAGUGGGGGCUCGGGAAGCACGGGGUUCGACCCCCCGCGUGUUACUGUCCCUUCUACUAACUCCACCACUCACACAGAGACACGCCCCGGGGCCAAGAAGAACCUGCUGAUCGCGCUACUGGUGGUGUUCCUCUUGGUGAUUCCGCUGCUCAUCCUUCUGGUCAUCGCCUUCCUCAACAGACGUCGGUUGUGGCACUGGUGGAAGAUCCUGCCUUCCUUCAAGUACAGAGUGCGGUCCCCCAGCAAGAAGCCCCCGCCCCAGCCCCCCCAGCCCAACCCCUCGGUGGGCCAGAGCCGCGCAGACUUCGACCCACCGCGGACCAACCUAAUCUCUAACCCCAUGCUCCAGCACAACAGCGGCACCAUGGAGCGAAAGCCGCGGGUGUGGAACCCUGGCACCGGCGCAGGAAGAACGCCCCCAGUUGUCCCCCCUGGACAAGGCAGAGCACCCCCAGUUGUCCCCCCUGAACGACCCACCGCCCCCAUGAGGCCGUCGUCCCUGGCUAAGACAAACUCCAGCGAGGGAAAGAUGGCCGCCAAGAAGGUUCGCUUGUCGUUUCCCAUACAGGAGACAGAGGGGCCCUCACCCAUGCCUGCUGCGCACAGGUCGGCCAAUCAGGCAAACUCUUCCACCGUAUCGAAACCUGAGUCUGGCAAAAACAUUCCCCAGUCGCCGAAAUCUGGCGGCAUCGUGAAGCGUGAAUCUUUCCGCGGUUCGGAGAUCUCGGAUCCAGUGUUGAUCUGUACGACAAGUCGGAACUCUCUUGUGCUGGCGGACGGGAAUGUGGAUAUCAUCGGCCCCGAGGCUCGGCGUAGCCCCACUCCCAACAAGCCCCUGGCCGUGGCGGUCAAGCGCAGUCAGUCGGAGCGACCCAUCAGCCGACCCGACCCGCUACGCCUCACGGGACAGACUCCGGUGCCCGGCACAACGACCUUGAAGAAGUCCGAGUCGGCGAGAUCUCCCACGAGACUGGCGGCCGAUGGUGGGAGGUCAUUGUCCUCUGGCUUCGCCUUGCGACCUGUACCGCAGAUCCCGUGUGAUGACGAUGAUUAUGACGACGAUGACAACAAUGACGACACACAGCCUCUGUACAGUAACCAGACGGACGGGAUGGGAGACCUCCUGGAUCUCAUCAACCAAGAGCUCACCGACGCUAACAUCUACACCAACUUGCCCAUACAGGAGACCGGUCCCCCCAGCCUGCCCCCGAGAAGUGCCCCGGCGAAAGUACAACAACCGCCGCGGUCCGACUCCACCGCCCGUGCCCCCGCGUCAACAACGGUCAACAGCAAGCCCUCUAUCCUCUCCACCACCCGCCCCACGCCCUCGUCCGCUCACAAAUGCGACACGGACAAGCCACAAACCCACAGCAGAAACUUUCCCUCACAGAAACCAGCGACCGGGUCGUCGUCAUGGCAACAGGUGGGGAGGAACUCGGCAAAUACCGCCCCCUCGACCAAGCCGUCUGAGUCAGCUAAAAAUAGCUCCAGUGACGCGGCGGCAGCGGAGAGUAGGAGCAGCCUCGGCAAGCCGGACGUGAAACUGUCGGUGUCGGAUGAGCUGAGGAAUAGAGUCCUGGCGCGCGCGGGGAAAUCUGCGGGUCAAGGGUCGAGUGGGUCGGGCGCGGCGGGUCAGAAACCCACACCUAGUGGGACCUCGACUGCCGGUCAGCAGAAAUCUGGGCCGGGUACCGCUAAGUCUGUGACGGCAGCAGACGUCCACAAACCAGUGAAGCCGGCGCCCCCUAAGUCCACGUCUGCCGGCAGGGCUCAGGGCAAAGGUCAAGGUCAGAGGAACCUCUCCGACACAACAACCUCCUCUUCCUCUACAGCAGCCAAACCCACAGCGACAAAGCGCGCGCCCACAAAGCCAGCGGCGCCAUCUUCCUCCGGGAAAGUUUCCGCGACGGGUGCUGACAAGUUCAAGGCUACAUCAAAGCCGACCCCUGCCGGCGGCCCCUCGUCUAGAACGUCCAGCGGGCCGCGAGCAGAGAAGGUGGAGGGCGUGGGUUCAAAACCUGGCGAGACAGCGGCACCCCGCUCCAACGUGUCCUCGCUGGCAGCCAAAUUUGCCACGCCCUCAGAGGACACUGGCAGCAAAGUGGUGAGUCGGCGCGUGUCUGACCUUGACAAGAGCUCCAGCCCCGCCUCCGCCAAGGUCACAGGUGGGAGCAGCAAGCCAGAGGUUGCGACCCGGCCCCUCGCUCGGACGGCGUCCAGUGGUGGAGCCUCCCGGCCAGCGUUGCCGCCAAAACCUGGCGACCAGGGAGGGGGAACGUUGCCACGGAAACCGUCGUCGUCGUCUUCGGGACCCCCCAAACGAGUUCAGAGCUACAAGAUCUAAGAUUUGCCUUACUGCCUGUUCCUUUCUUGGGCUCUCUCUCACCUCCAUGACCCCCCACCUUUGACCUUUCAUUCCCCCCCCCCCCUCAAGAUUGAGCGGAUGUUUUCUUCCACUUUAUAUGCGCAGAGAUUGUUGAUUUAGCUUCUUGGAGAAGUUUGACAGCAUUUAGCUCACCGUGAAAGCAUUGUCAGAGCUAGGGGAAACGCCGUUUUGUUUUACUGGAUCAGAAUGUAUGUUUGGUCUAUUUUCUCCCGUCUCUGUCUGUCAGAUGGGAACUUGUGUCUACUUCUGUCUUGUCUUUCUGUCUUGUCUUUCUGUCUUG